GAAAAUAACAGGUAAUAAAUUUGAAAGGAGUUACAGAAUAGCUGAUCGGCAACAGACGAAAAUGAAGUGAGAAACGAACUCUACGAAACCUAACCCAUGCAUCAGUCAACACCAAUAAUGAACAGAACAGAACAAUUGAAGUCAACAAGAGUAUUGGGCUGGCAAACCUAAACAAAUCAGUUGACUGGUCUCCCACAACACCUUCCUCGAAAUCACAAUCCACUCUUUCCAUUCAAUGGCCACACCCUUCUCAACUCUAAAUCAAUUCACUUUCUCUCUCUAACCCCAACCAUGGAACGCGCUUACGAAGCCAUCCUAGCCGCCACCGCCAGCUUCUUCAUCGUCACCCUCCUCCUCGCCGCCAUCAUCAUCCUCUGCCACCACCGCAACUCCUCCAAAAUCCCAACCCCAACCACUCGCAUCCGAACCCGACCCGCUUCACACCACAACGCCUCCCUCUCCGUCGACGCCAGCUGGUCCUCCGACCCCAACCUCAUCAAGAUCUCGUGGGAGGAACUCGCACGCGCCACCGACAACUUCUCCCCUAACCUGAUCGUCGGCGACGGCAGCUUCGGCCUCGUCUACAAGGCGCGUCUCUCCACGGGCGCAAUCGUGGCAGUCAAAAAACUGUCCCCCGACGCCUUCCAAGGCUUCCGUGAAUUCACGGCGGAGAUGGAAACCCUAAGCAAACUCUGCCACCGCAACAUCGUGAGAAUCCUCGGUUAUUGGGCCUCUGGGCCCGAACGCUUACUCGUCUACGAGUUCAUCCAAAAAGGAAACCUCGAUCAAUGGCUCCACGAACCCUCCUCAAACGACGACGCCUCGCACGACCCCCUUCGCUUCCCCCUCUCUUGGCAAACCCGGGUCAACAUUAUUCGUGGCGUUGCACAUGGGCUUUGCUAUUUACAUAGCCUCGAGAAGCCCAUUAUUCACCGCGACAUUAAGGCUAGCAAUGUCUUGUUGGACUCCGAGUUCGAAGCCCAUAUUGCUGACUUUGGGCUUGCGCGCAGGAUCGAUAACUCCCAUUCCCACGUGUCAACGCAAUUCGCGGGUACCAUUGGGUACAUGCCCCCGGAGUACAGGGAUGGGGUUAUGGUGAAUGUUGUGAAUAAGAAGGUGGAUGUGUAUAGUUUUGGGGUGUUGAUGAUUGAAACUGCAUCGGGCCACAGGCCCAAUUUGCCCAUGAAGUUGGACCAGAAUGACAUUGGGAUGGUCCAGUGGGCCCGCAAGAUGAAGGAGCAAAAUGAGGAGAUGAAGAUGCUUGAUGCGAGUAUCUCCAGAGAAGGGUUGAGGGAGGAUAGUGUUAAGGAGUAUGUCCGUAUUGCUUGUGAGUGCACCGGUGAGUUACAGAAGGAAAGGCCCGAAAUGCCCCAAGUUGUCCAUUGGUUGGACUCAAUCCCCCUUUGAUAUCUCCUCCAAAUCAUAAUGAAGAGUGGGUAGUUCAGUUGAUGAGGGAAAAUUCUCACA